AGAGUGCUCGUUGCACUCUCUACAAUUCAUACUCUACAUCAAUACGAAAGUGAAAUCUAAAGUUCACUUUUUAAGUGUCAAUAUAAAGUAGAAAUUACACGUACGAAAUUAUUAAAUAUAUGUAAAAAAUUUCCUUAUUUUAGGUUUUACCAAAGUAUUUUUGAACAAUUAAUUGUUAUAGUGUGUGAAAUAUGGGUUCAUCUGUAUCAAGAAAAAAUGCGUCUUGUCAUGAGGGGGAAGAAAAUACGGAAAUGUUUUGUAAUUUCGAAAUACCUGAUGAUUUGCUAAUUGACGUUUUGUCGUUUGUACCAUCCAAUGAUUUGAUCACUCAUUGCCGAUUAGUUUGUAAGUUAUGGAAAGAAAUUAUUGAUGGGCAUGGACUGUGGAAAAUUAAAUGCGAACGUGAAAAGAAAUAUUUCCCAUCACUUAAAUUUGAAAAGAUACCUCUUCAUUACUAUCGAAUGAUAUAUAUUCACAAUCCUUAUGGAAUAAAUCUCAUUCAAAAUCCAUCUGGUGAAAAUGGGAUGAAUGACUGGAUCAUUACCCACAGUGGUGGAGAUGGAUUGACUGUUGAAGACCCGCCAAAUGGAGCUGAUCCAGUACCAGCAGAAGUUGGCUCAACUAAGUGCUUUGCAACUUCAUACCUACCGAGUGAAAAACAUCAAGUAAUUGAUCUUGUUGCAAGAGGAAUUCAUCCUGAUGUUAUAGAUUGCUCUAAGACAAAAAUUGAAAUCGGAGAAUGGUAUGCCGCCCGUUUCGACUGUGCUUCAUUUUAUAAACUUGAUGUAUUUUUAUUGGACGGAAAUUAUCCUGGUACUGAAACAUGGGAAGAUUGCAUUGUGGAUCAUUUUACGUUUGAAUACAGAGAAGAGCAGUGGGUUGGUAAAGAGUGGCAUAAAGUAAAUCAUGUGUUUGAAAAUGUUGCUAAAAGUCGUUUUAUUUAUUUUGAGCACCAUGGCAAAGACUGUCAGUUUUGGGCUGGGCAUUAUGGAAGCAAAAUGACCGGUGCCUACGCAAAAGUUGUAAUUUAAUUCAUGUGUUGCCAUGCAUUCCUAAAUACCUGUGAUAUUGAGGCUAUUCUUAAUGUGUGUUUAAAAUGAGUAUGUUUAUUUAAAAUGCUGUGAGACGGGUUCUUGCUUAAUUAUAUUGUGAUGAUUUUGUAAAUAGUAUUUCUGUACAAAUUUAGUCUUUGCUUAUGUCAAGAAUUUAAAUUGUCACUCAGUAAUGAUUUAAAAAUAGCUUCUAUGUGACUUUAAUAAGUACUUUUAAAAGUGGAUUUCAUUUUAAGGCAAUAAUAUGUUUUGGAAAAAAUACAUCUGCUGAUAGUUAUAUGAUAUUUAAUUUAGAAUUCUGGAAUAUUAAAAUGUGUGAUGUAUAUGAAAGCAUGAGUUGUAAUUCUUUUGAUUGAAUAAUGUUUACAAAAAUAUGUGCCUUAGUACUGGUGUUUUAUUUAAAAGUUAGAAAAAAUAAUUAAAAACUGAUACAGUUAAAUUUGUUUAGUUGGCCUCUUGUAAUGCAUUACUUUAUUGUUCAACUUAGACAGAUGGUCAAUUUAUAGAUAGGGUGGAGUCAUUGUUGUUUUUGUUUUUUUUUCCUGUAAUUUCUAGCAUGUUAUUCAUAGAUUUCUUGUUUAUUACCAAUCAAUUUAAAGAUAAAUGUAGCUAUUAAACUGCAAUUUAUUAGAAAAAUUUAAUAGUAAGCAGAUUAAUUUAAAAAAUAUACAUUUUUUUUUUGAGAUGCAAGACAGUAAUUUAUUGUACAUUUCUUAAAUAUUUGUAUGCAAGAACAUUAUAUACAUUUCAUAUUAUACUUACGAACCUAAAUUUUACAAAAGUCCUUAAUAAUUUUUGCGUAUGGAUGGUAUUAUGGCAUAGGAAAUUUCUUGGAAAAAUUUGCUUUUUCAAGAAGUUUAUAAUCAUAAGUUGACUUGUAAAACUUGCUCAUAAGUUGACUUCAUAACUUUCUCAUAAGUUACCUGGGAAAGUUUUCGUUUCCAGUCAACUUAUUGAAAGGUUUAGAAAAGCAUUCAAAACUCUUAGAUAAAUCUAUUAUUUCUGUAGUCAACAUACAAAAUAAACCAGUGGUCAGGUUACAUAGGUUUUGUUUCUUUCUAUUAUUAGAUAAAUUUGGUUCUAUUUUUCAAUGGAGGUCAACUUGACAGGUUUUUCUGUACUAUCAAAAAGGUUAAGAGAAAUCAAAAUUUAAUUUUAAAUUAUCAAAACGUUAAUUAUUAAAAUAUUGUAAGCUUUUAAAAUAAAUUAUCUGACUUGAUGUUAGUCUUAAAAUAUCAAAUAUUGGAGCUCUUUGAUGGAUGAUAUGGCAGUUUUAUCAAUUAAGAAAUGUCAGUCAAUUAGAAAAUCUAAGUUAGUAUCGUUAAUAUUAUAUAAGUGUUUUUGUUGAUUUUGUUUUAAAAGAUAACUUAUGGCAGUUUCAUCAAUUAAGAACUGUCAGUCAGUCAAAAAAUCUAUGUUAGUAUCGUUAAUAAUAUAUAAAUGUUUCUGUUGAUUUUGUUUUAAAAAGUAACUUGUUAUUGUUGCAAUAUGCUGAUAUUAUUGUGCUAAAAUUUUUGUAAAUUAGAGCAUCAUCUAAAACUUAAGAUUUUAAACGGUUCUACAAUGUUAGAAUUUGAUAUUCUUCUAUUGUAAGUGCGAGUUUAUUUUUUCCCUUGUUGCAGAGUUUUCAUGUAACACAUUUUUCAUUAUUUUUUAUUAAUGCGGGUCAAAAUAAUGUAAAAAUAUUAUAUUUAGAAUUUUAAUAAUUUAUGAUUGUGAAAUAUUGAUAGGUUGGUGCAGAUAGAGACACAUGUAACUCUUGGAAAGUAUGGACUAACAGCUUAUUUCCAAGCAAUAAUUUUUCAAAUUUACAGUUAUUUUGUUCUAAAAAAAUAAUUCAUCAUUGAAAUUUCUUUAAUUUACAAAAUCAAUUAUUGAUAAAUUUUUGAAUGUGAAUGGAAAAAAAAUUUCUAAAGACUUUUUAAAUUUUAUAUUUUAGUUCCAAUGUAAUUCUGUUAAUCUAGCAGGGUUUUUUUUUAGUAGCAAUUAGACUAUGUUUUAUAAUUAAAAAUUACCAAAAUAUAUUUACUUGUAAUUAUAGUACCAGAAAAAAUAUAUAAAAUGGAGACACCAGUGUCCAGUUUGCACCAAAUGUUUAAGAAAAUAUAUAACUUCACACUCACUGAAAUUCCAAAAUAUGUAAAAAUAAAUAAAUAAAAAGGUUAAAGUUACGCAAAGUUGCAAAAGGUAAAGUUACUUAAAUCAUUAAUAAAAAAUAAAAAAAAAAGUUUCAUGGUUUUAGAAUAAAUUAUUCCAAUAUGAAAACAAACUCAUGUACUCUUAGAUAUUGGAACUUUUUAAAAAAUAUUAAAAGUUUAUGUAUAUAUAUAUAUAUAUAUAUUAUACUUUAUUGAAAAGAUAUUUUUGUUAUUUCAAUGAUUCAUUUAAAAUAUGUAUGUGGCAUUAAAACUAUAUUAUGA